UAUCAACCACCAUCACCCCCGAGUUCGAGCAGUUUUCGGUGCCAGCCAUUAGAGACGGUUUAAGCGGAAUAAAUUCUGCGAUUGCCCUACACUUUGCUUCACUUGGCCGUCUUCCGAGGACAUUUAGCGUGUCUACCUAGAUUUUGCCUCUUUGCCGGUGAGGUCGCAUCGACGACAGCGCAUCUGUAUUGGUGGACUCCAGCGUAUGAGUUGGAACACAAUGUCCCUCUACCCUCCAAGCACUUCCUACGGUCAGAUGCCCUUCCCUCAACAGGGAUACGUGCAUCGUGGGCCACCUCCCGUGGCUCCUCAAUAUCAGUAUCAGCCACCGCCUCCUGUCUACUACAUGGACCCCACUUCGUUUCGAGAGGAUUACUUGCAGCGUCUAUCGAUGCUCAACGUUAAUUCGAGACCACUGAUCCAGAGUCUUUCCAUGAUUGCACAGGAGUAUAGUCGGUGGGCUGAAAUCGUGGCGCAAUGCAUUGAGACGCAUAUACGAAGGGCUUCCCCUUGGAUGAAGUUACCCGCCUUCUACCUCCUCGAUGCCAUCUCGAAGAACGUCUACGAGCCGUAUGCUCGCCAUUUCACACCCUUCGUUACUCCCUUGUUCCUUGAGACCUAUGAACAGGUUGACCAGAACACGCGCAGCAAGAUGGAAGAGAUGUUGCUGACCUGGCGAACAGGCGCGCCCAAUGGCAAGGAACUUUUCGGCAUCGGACCUCAAGUCAGCAUUGAGCGGGCUAUCUGGGGUGGCGGCGACUCGAGCUACGGUGCCGAUACCUCUCGGACAGGGCGAGGAUCCGCUCCCGCGCAUGUCUCCAAAGCCCAAGUUCUCAGUGAACUCGAUUUUACCAUGAGUCAGAGGGAGCGCGCACUGCAGCAGAAUCCUUACGACGCGACUGCUCAGACGCAUGUCAAUGUCUUGCGACAGUUACGUAGUGUUGUGGAAGCUGGCGUGUCCCAGGAUGAACUCCGCGAGGUGUUGAAUCAGUUACGGGCGCUCUCAAGGUCAAUCCCUCCCCCUCCGGCAGCAGCUCCCCAAGCAGCACCGUAUCAAUCCCCUCCACCUCCACCGACGAUCCCAUCCUAUCCCCCAGCUCCUGCUAGCUAUCCGUCGGCCCCGAAUUAUAGCGCGCCUCCAUCCCAGCCGUCGUACCCGCCUCAACCAUCGUACACGCCGCCUCAGCAGGAGUCGAAACCGUGGCCUUCGGCUCUACCUCCGGCUAGCGCUCUGCUCCAUGCUUCCGCCGCUCCCCCUACAGCGGGACCUUCUUCGCUACCCUUAGGCAACAUAGAAAAUCUGUUCAGCGCUCUUGUGAAGGCAGGUGUCGUCUCGUCAAACAACGGUACCCCAACUGGUGCCGGUGCCACUGCGAAGGUCGAGGAUGUAAAACCCGAUGAGGUAGAUCCCGCUCGUCGAGCCUCACGGGAGUACAGGAAAGCUAUUUUAAGCCAGAAGAUCCGGUUGACCAAUGCGGACAUCACUAGACAACGUCCGGAUGUAGUGUCAUUCUUGUAUGACCGUCUGCCAUCACAGUGCAAACAAUGUGGUCUGCGCUUCGCAGACAAUCCUAUAGGCAAGAAGAAGAUGCAAGAUCAUCUUGACAUGCACUUUAGACAGAACCGUAAGGCGAGUCAGAAUGUAGGACGCGGACACAGUCGUAGCUGGUUCGUUGGAGUGGAGGACUGGAUACAUGAAGUGGCGGAUAGCAAGGGCAAGGGUCGUGCCGAUCGACGUAUGAAUGCUAAGGAAGCGGCUGCGGCUGCUGCAAAGGAGGAAGAGGCAGCUCUUCGCGCGUCUCACGUGGUUGUCCCUCCGGGUGACGAGGCAAAACCCAUAUCAUGUCCGAUCUGUAAGGAGACUAUGCAGUCUGAGUUCCUCGAAGAUGAGGAAGAAUGGGUCUGGCGGAAUGCGGUUAAGAAAGACGACCGAAUCUACCAUGCAACCUGUCACGCGGAAGCUAUGUCAUCCAACAGACUGGCGGCUUUGCUGCGCAGUGAGAAGGCUAGUCGGAGCCGUUCAGUUACUCCGGAUACAUUAGCUCUGCGGACAACGCCUCCUCGAAACUCUCUGUCGAGCACCGACGGGAGUGUAAGAGUUCCUGUCUCGCCUUCAACACAGCCGAGAGUGGCUGG